AGCGCCCCAGAGCUUGGAGUUGGAUGACUUCUUCCUCCUUCUAGUCCUCCCGUGAGUGCGGCUGGAGUUCUUCUUCUGCGAUGUUGCCCGUGUACCUGGUGAGCCUGUGCUUCAGCGUGGCUGCAGCCUUGCAGAGGGCCCACAUGUUCCCCUACGGCGUCCCCACUGGAGAUUCCCUGUUGGAAGAGGGGGACGAUGAAACCUCCAAAGUCUUAUCUCUGCCUAAAGCCUUCUACUUCUACGAUACCCCCUUCUCCCAGCUCUAUGUGGCCACCAAUGGAAUCAUUUCAGCCCAGGACUUGCCGAUGGAGAAGCAAUACGUGGACGACGGCUUCCCCACGGACUUCCCGGUGGUGGCGCCGUUUCUGGCCGACAUGGACACCAGCGGAGGACGAGGGCAGAUUUACUACCGGGUGACCGAGACGCCCGGCAUCCUCAACAGAGUGGCCCAGGAAGUCCAACGGGGGUUCCCGGAUGCCAAAUUCACACCCAGCUACGCCGUGGUGGCGACGUGGGAAAAUGUGGCCGCCUAUGAGGAGCCCGCCCGCGUCAACGGGGGCGCUUCAAACAAGGUCAACACCUUCCAGGCCGUGAUAGGAUACGAUGAAACCGACUCGUACGUUCUCUUCCUCUACCCUGAGGGUGGCCUGAACUUCUUUGGGACCAGACCCAAGGAGUCGUAUAACGUGGAGAUAGAGCUUCCCGCUCGAGUCGGAUUCAGCAGGGGUGAAGUCACGUAUCUGAUUUUUUCCCGAACGGAGGGCCCUUACUACAGCGUGACCAGCAAUGAGCAGAGCAUCAAACACCUUUACCAGGUUGGCAACACAGGAACGCCGGGCGUUUGGCUUUUCCACACUGGGAACCGCUAUUCUUUUGACAACAUUGUCCCUGCAUCUGUGGGCGGUCUCCUUGCUACGCCUCCACCAAGACAACAUGGCCUCCCUCUGGACACUACCACCCCGGAGUACGGCGACUUUGAAGACUACACAGACAACAGUAACUUUGACCCUGCUCACGAAGAGGAAGAGGGCGAUUACCCUCUGACAGGUGAAGAUCUAGAAUUCCAGCCGGUGCUCGCGGGUGAAUCCCUGCAGCCCAGAAGCUCUGAUCUUCCGCCGUCGCCGUCGACACAUCAGGUGUCACAAGGGAGCGAAGACUUGCCUUUGACCUCUGAACCCAGACACAGUUCUGAGGCAGUAGAGAGUCAGUAUGCUCCUCCUCCACCUGGUCAAGAUACGAUCCCAGAUGGAGGUGACCAGCGGUCCCAGGAGCCACAACCACAGGUUCCUGUGGAGCUGUACCCCCCUCACAGAAAUGAGCCCCCCCUGGCCCCUGGAGGCCAUAUUGUCAGUGUGGAGGAAGAUGACAUUGAUUUUGACACAGGAGUGAUCCACUACACCACUGAGAAUAAGGAGACAUGUGCCAGGUUCCAGCAGCAGUGCUCCCAGAAUGCAUUUUGCUCAGACUACGCUACAGGCUUCUGCUGUCACUGUCGUCAUGGCUUUUACGGAAAUGGCCGUCACUGCCUGCCCGAGGCGGCCCCCCAGCGCGUCAGCGGCAAGCUCAGUGGGACAGUUAUCGUGGGUAUGACCCCCGUGGACCUGAACAAAAUCGAUCUGCACGCUUACAUCGUGGUGGGAGACGGGAGGGCGUACACGGCCAUCAGCGAGAUCCCUGAACCGGUGGGCUGGGCCUUGAUGCCGGCUGCACCAAUUGGAGAGCUCUUUGGAUGGCUGUUUGCUCUGGAGCUGCCCAAUAGCCAAGCAGGAUUCAAAACAACAGGAGCUGAGUUCACGCGUCACGUCGAGCUCCUCUUUUACCCGGGAAAUCAGCGCCUGUCAAUCACUCAGACAGGACGAGGCCUCGACGACCACAACCACCUCACUGUGGACACGGUGCUCAACGGCAGCGUGCCCUUCUUACCGCCUGGCGCAGAAGUGACCAUGGACCCAUUUAAGGAGACUUACCAGUACUACCCGUCAGUUGCCACAUCCACGUCUGUGAGGGAGUUCACCGUGGUCUCUCCAGACAGAGGUUCUGAAUCCUUCUCCUUCCAGAUGAAGCAAAACAUCACUUACCGCGACUGUCGCCACGGCAGCCGGGCUCCCCCUGUGGAGACCCUGCAGAUCACCAUGGAGAGAGUGUUUGUCAUGUACGUGAAGGAGGAGCGCAUCCUUAGAUACGCCAUCACCAACAAGAUCAGCCCGGUCGGAGCGGGGCCGACCGGGCCAGAGGUGCUUCACCCCUGCUACGAUGGAAGCCACGACUGUGACACCACCGCACAGUGCGUCCCACUGGAGGAGCAGGCCUUCCAGUGCCGGUGUGCCACCGGUUACACGGGGGACGGACAAAACUGCUACGAUGUGGACGAGUGUGUAGAGGGCUCGGCGGCAUGCGGCGCUCAUUCUCAGUGCGUGAACUUUCCCGGGAGCCAUCGCUGCCAGUGCCAGCGCGGCUACGAAUUUGGAUUUGACGGACGCACGUGUGUGGACGUGGACGAGUGCAGCUCGUCUCCAUGCCACAGCCAUGCGAGAUGCACCAACAGCUUGGGUUCCUUCUCCUGUCGCUGCCAGCCUGGCUUUGAUGGAGAUGGUUUGCUGUGCUCCCGGCAGGAAGAGAGCCCACAACGUCCUAAAAGCCACUGUGAGCAUCACAGGGACAGUGUCCAGACCAGCAGUCCAGAAGGUUAUCCUCUAGUGGGAGCUUUUGUACCUCAAUGUGAUGCUAACGGACAAUACACACCUCAACAGUGUCACGGCUCCAGUGGACAUUGUUGGUGUGUGGAUGGUCAAGGACAGGAGAGACCAGGAACCAGAACUCCUCCUGGUACUUCUCGUGUGGACUGUGACAGACACGAUGAACGUCCUAAAAGCCACUGUGAGCAUCACAGGGACAGUGUCCAGACCAGCAGUCCAGAAGGUUAUCCUCUAGUGGGAGCUUUUGUACCUCAAUGUGAUGCUAACGGACAAUACACACCUCAACAGUGUGACGGUUCCAGUGGACAUUGUUGGUGUGUGGACAGUCAAGGACAAGAAAGACCAGGAACCAGAACUCCUCCUGGUACAACACCCAUGGACUGUGAUCAACCAGAACGUCCUAAAAGCCACUGUGAGCGUCACAGGGACAGUGUCCAGACCAGCAGUCCAGAAGGUUAUCCUCUAGUGGGAGCUUUUGUACCUCAAUGUGAUGCUAACGGACAAUACGCACCUCAACAGUGCCACGGUUCUACUGGAUAUUGUUGGUGUGUAGACGACAGAGGGCAGGAGAGAGAGGGAACCAGAACUCCACCCAGCACAUCACCCGUAAACUGUGACAGAGCAGAUGGAUCUCGACCCAAAACCCAGUGUGAGCACCAUCGAGACAGUGCGCAGACCUCCGCUUCUCAGGGCUCCCCCACUGUGGGAGGCUAUGUUCCUCAGUGUGACGCUAACGGGCAGUACACAGCACUGCAGUGUCACGGUUCCACUGGGCAUUGCUGGUGCGUGGACAGCCAGGGACAAGAAAGACCAAGAACCAGGACUAGGCCUGGUGUACCACCCACAGACUGUGACAAAGCGGAGGAACCAGAACGUCCCAAAAGCGACUGUGAGCAUCACAGAGACCGAGUCCAGACCAGCAGUCCAGAAGGUUAUCCUCUAGUGGGAGCGUUUGUACCUCAAUGUGACGCUAAUGGACAGUACACACCUCAACAGUGUCACGGUUCAAGUGGACAUUGUUGGUGUGUGGACAGUCAAGGACAAGAAAGACCAGGAACCAGAACACAAGCUGGAGCAACACCCGUGGACUGUGCUAGAUCAGAUGAACGUCCUAAAAGCCACUGUGAGCAUCACAGGGACAGUGUCCAGACCAGCAGUCCUGAAGGUUAUCCUCUAGUGGGAGCUUUUGUACCUCAAUGUGAUGCUAACGGACAAUACACACCUCAACAGUGUCAUGGUUCCAGUGGACAUUGUUGGUGUGUGGACAGUCAAGGACAAGAAAGACCAGGGACCAGAACUCCUCCUGGUACAACACCAACAGACUGUAAUAAACCAGAACGUCCUAAAAGCCACUGUGAGCAUCACAGGGACAGUGUCCAGACCAGCAGUCCAGAAGGUUAUCCUCUAGUGGGAGCUUUUGUCCCUCAAUGUGAUGCUAACGGAAAAUACACACCUCAACAGUGUCAUGGUUCCAGUGGACAUUGUUGGUGUGUGGACAGUCAAGGACAAGAAAGACCAGGAACCAGAACUCCUCCUGGUACAACACCCAUGGACUGUGAUAAACCAGAACGUCCCAAAAGCGACUGUGAGCAUCACAGGGACAGUGUCCAGACCAGCAGUCCAGAAGGUUAUCCUCUAGUGGGAGCUUUUGUACCUCAAUGUGAUGCUAAUGGACAAUACACACCUCAACAGUGUGACGGUUCUACUGGACAUUGUUGGUGUGUGGACAGUCAAGGACAAGAAAGACCAGGAACCAGAACUCCUCCUGGUACAACGCCCAUUGACUGUAAUCAACCAGAACGUCCUAAAAGUCACUGUGAGCGUCACAGGGACGGUGUCCAGACCAGCAGUCCAGAAGGUUAUCCUCUAGUGGGAGCUUUUGUACCUCAAUGUGAUGCUAACGGACAAUACACACCUCAACAGUGUCAUGGUUCAAGUGGACAUUGUUGGUGUGUGGACAGUCAAGGACAAGAAAGACCAGGAACCAGAACUCCUCCUGGUACAACACCAACAGACUGUGACAAAGCAGAUGAACGUCCGAAAAGCCACUGUGAGCAUCACAGGGACAGUGUCCAGACCAGCAGUCCAGAAGGUUAUCCUCUAGUGGGAGCUUUUGUCCCUCAAUGUGAUCAUAACGGACAAUACACACCUCAACAGUGUGACGGUUCCAGUGGACAUUGUUGGUGUGUGGACAGUCAAGGACAAGAAAGACCAGGAACCAGAACUCCUCCUGGUACAACACCCAUGGACUGUGAUAAACCAGAACGUCCUAAAAGCCACUGUGAGCAUCACAGAGACAGUGUCCAGACCAGCAGUCCAGAAGGUUAUCCUCUAGUGGGAGCUUUUGUACCUCAAUGUGAUGCUAACGGACAAUACACACCUCAACAGUGUCAUGGUUCCAGUGGACAUUGUUGGUGUGUAGACCGUCAAGGACAAGAAAGACCAGGAACCAGAACUCCUCCUGGUACAACACCCAUGGACUGUGAUCAACCAGAACGUCCUAAAAGCCACUGUGAGCAUCACAGGGACAGUGUCCAGACCAGCAGUCCAGAAGGUUAUCCUCUAGUGGGAGCUUUUGUACCUCAAUGUGAUGCUAACGGACAAUACACACCUCAACAGUGUGACAGUUCCAGUGGACAUUGUUGGUGUGUGGACAGUCAAGGACGGGAGAGACCUGCAACCAGAACUCCUCCUGGUACAACACCCAUGGACUGUGAUCAACCAGAACGUCCGAAAAGCCACUGUGAGCAUCACAGGGACAGUGUCCAGACCAGCAGUCCAGAAGGUUAUCCUCUAGUGGGAGCUUUUGUACCUCAAUGUGAUGCUAACGGACAAUACGCACCUCAACAGUGUGACGGUUCCAGUGGACAUUGUUGGUGUGUGGACAGUCAGGGACAAGAAAGACCAGGAACCAGAACUCCUCCUGGUACAACACCAACAGAUUGUGGCAAACCAGAACAUCCUCGAAGCCAUUGUGAGCAUCACAGAGACAGUGUCCAGACCAGCAGUCCAGAAGGUUAUCCUCUAGUGGGAGCUUUUGUACCUCAAUGUGAUGCUAACGGACAAUACACACCUCAACAGUGUCACGGUUCCAGUGGACAUUGUUGGUGUGUGGACAGUCAAGGACAGGAGAGACCUGGAACCAGAACUCCUCCUGGUACUUCUCCAGUGGACUGUGACAGACAAGCCCAGGUGCUUCCGACCCAGCGUCCCGAGAGUGUGUGCGAACGAUGGAGGACCAGCCUAAUGGAGCACUAUGGUGGGAAGCCGGAGCCCCAACAGUACCUGCCCCAGUGUGAGCCGGAGGGACAGUUCAGUUCGGUCCAGUGCUAUGGGGAGACCACCUACUGCUGGUGUGUGGACCAGGAUGGGCGAGAGGUUCCUGGAACCAGGUCACGUGACGCCGUCAAACCCGCAUGCCUUCCCUCUGUGGCCCCGCCCAUAGUGCGUCCGUUCCCCCGCCCAGAUGUGAUUCCCCCUCAUAACGCUGAUGUCACACUGUUGUAUGCUCAGGGGCAGAAGAUAGGAGCACUGCCUCUCAACGGGACCAGACUCAAUGCAGCCCGGUCCAGAACACUCCUGACUCUGCAUGGCUCCAUCGUGGUCGGUCUGUCCUUUGACUGCAAAGAGAACAAAGUCUAUUGGACAGAUUUGUCUGCACGCACCAUUAAUAGAGCAGCAAUAGCGCCGGGAGCCGAACCGGAGAUACUCAUCAACUCAAAUCUGGUCAGUCCAGAAGGUUUGGCUGUGGACGUAAAGCGAAGGCUGAUGUUUUGGGUCGACUCCAACCCCGACCUGAUCGAGAGGUCCAACUUGGAUGGCAGCGACAGGAGGACGCUUUUUGACACCGACCUGGUUAACCCCCGGGCCAUCGUCGUGGUCUCGUCUACCGGUUCUCUCUACUGGACCGACUGGAACCGAGAGGCUCCCAAGAUUGAGAGCUCGUCGGUGGACGGCCAGAACCGCCGGGUGGUGGUAACCGAUGGGAUCGGUUUGCCCAACGCUUUGACCUACGACUUGUCUUCGGGGCAAAUCUGCUGGGCCGACGCAGGAACCAAGCAGCUGGAGUGUAUCUUCCCAGACGGGUCGGGACGAAGAGUGAUCCACCCCGGCCUUAACUACCCUUUCAGUAUGGUUUACCACCGGAACCACUUCUACUACACCGACUGGAGGAGGGACGGCGUGAUCGCCGUCAGCAAGGACGGCGGCAAGCUCACCGACGAAUACUUACCGGACCAGCGAUCUCACCUGUACGGCAUCGCCAUAGCAACUUCCCACUGUCUAUAAGGAAGUGGUAACAGCAGAGCGGCGGCCGCGCGGUCCUUUGGUGCUAAAGUUCCAGAGCCGUUCCGAGUCGAGGGCGUGACGGCCCCCACCCCCACCCCCGGUAUCCCUCGUAGGAAAAGGAGGCUCCGGAAGGAGCGACAUGGAUUCUUGUGGAGCAUCGAGAUAUAACCCCACAUUCAAUGUUUUCUACAUUUCUUUCAUACCUCAUUUUUUAAACAUUUUUCUACUGUAUUUUUCUAUACAAUCUGUUUUUGUAGCCUCCCAAGUCAAUUGUUCACACCUUUGGCCUCUCAUCCGGGCAGGCUUCAUCAGUUCAUGCUAAAAGACUAGGUAGGACAGCUCUCAUCUAGAGCCCAGACCUGAGCUGUCCUAUCUGGUCUUUGAGUUGAAAUAUCAAGAGAGGCUUCAUCAGUUUGUGCUCACAGACUAGAUAGGACAGCUCUCGUCUAGAGCACAGACUCGAGCUGUCCUAUCUGGUCUUUGAGUUGUAGUAUAUAGAGAGUACAGACUCAUCACCUGGGCAGGCUUCAUCAGUUUGUGCUCACAGACUAGAUAGGACAGCUCUCGUCUAGAGCACAGACUCGAGCUGUCCUAUCUGGUGUUUGAGCUGUACUAUCAUGAGAGUCCAGACUAAACCUGGACAGGCUUCAUCAGUUCAUGCUCAAAGACCAGAUAGGACAGCUCUUGUCUUGAGCUCAGAUGUCCAAGCGUUGGAUUGUUCACCCACCAAUAGGAACGUGAGCUGGGUCUAGACCAUCCUGAGACAGGUUAGUUUUACCCUACUGAUGAUGUGUUCUUGCAAUGUUGUCUCAUCUAGGGCCCAGACGAGAGCUGUCCUAUCUGGUCUUUGAGCUGUACUAUCUAUAGAGUCCAGACUCAUCCGGGCAGGCUUCAUCAGUUUGUGAUGAAAGACUCGAUAGAACAGCUUGUGUCUGGACACUGGGUUAAAUUAACCCAGGGGCCAGACUAGAAACUAGAUAGGACAGCCUACCUAGUCUUUGUGAUGCCCUGUCUGGAGAGUCCAGACGCUCAUCCAAACAGGCUUCAUCUGUUCAUGCUCAAAUGCCAGAUCAUACAGCUCCAGUCUAGACCCAGACUCAGACUAGAUAGGACAGCUCUGAUUAGAGUUUGGACUCUGUAGAUAUGGUAGCUCCAGUCGGAGGCCCAGAGUCCAGGCUAGUGCUGUCCUAUUUGGUCUACGAGCUGUCUUGUCUAGAGAGUCCAGAUGCUCAUCCAAACAGGCUUCAUCAGUUCAUGCUCAAAUACCAGAUACGACCCAGACUCAAAGACUAGAUAGGACAGCUCUGGUCUGGACUCGGGGCUCCAUUAACUGAUGAAGUCUGCUUGGAUGUCUUGUAAGUCAAUGUGUCCAUUUGCAGUGGACUCUUUAGAUAGGACAGCUGUAGCCUGAAGGCCAGAAUGCAGACUGGAGUCCAGACUCUCAUCCGAGCGUCCUUGGUGAGUCUAGUCUGGUCUUGGAGGAUGACAGGAUGAAGCGUGCUCGGAUGUCUUGUAAGACAAGGUGUCCAUUUGCCAUGGAUUCAUGAAGAUGAACAUCUGGCAUGCGUGUUGUGUGAGAAGGCGCCGAAGAGCUUGAAAAGUGAAGCCGUAAGACGACACGACCUUUGAACACACACCAGGCUGCCAUGUGACCACAUUUCACGUCUUCUUAGCCUGGCGUGAAGACGGGAAGCAGCCAUCCAAGCUGAGGAAUGUAAUCAGAUUACAGUCAUUAAGGCUGACAGCAGCUGCGCUUCUAUGUACCGCCAAUCUUUUCUUUCUAAAGAUGUGAUAUUUAUAAGAAGAAAAUGUGAUUUCCUGCUUGGCUCCUUUUAUUUUCAGCUUUGAGGGUGCAUAUUUGUCCCAAGUCUCACUUUGCCAAUGAAACUGUCCUCUAUGAUGACGCUUAACGUACGUACGCACUCAAGCUUCAGCGAUGACGGCCUGGAUCAAACACUUCCUGACUUUGACUCUUAAUGCGUGCUUGUACUCGCUAAACUGUAGCGGCCACUAUAGCCAAAUUGUCAGCAAGGAUCUCUUCUUCGUAUGAGGUGGAACCGGUGAUCGCUGGUGCUUGUACAGUAUGCUCAGCCAAAUGUAACAAAGGUAAAUAGAACCGCUCGAUGAUUGAGGGUGCAGACAAUCCGAACAUCUAUCCAACAAAUCUUGAGUAACUUUGAUCAAAUGUAGAAUUACUACAGCUUCUGCUUGGCGACAGCUGUUCAACCAUGAUGGAAACACCAAAGUAGGUUGGACUGAAGGUCUGUAGCGUGCGUAAAGCACUUAAUGUGCGCUUCCAACAAUGCCUUGCAUACUUCCAUAUUACAUGAACUGUCAUUCAUAGUAGCCAUGCCAUAGUUCGCAAUCUGAUUGGCUUCUGGCUGCACUGUUACCGCGAGACGGCCUAUCUCCAAACGAGAACUGUAGUCACGUUAUAACCACCACGAGAUCUCGCCAACACCGCAACAAAAUAGAGUUGUAAUUUCUGGAACAUUCUGGUUGGGGGAAAUGUUAUAUUAUGGGAAUAAAGUCCAAAUAUUAUGUCAUUUCAACUAAAAUUAUAUUUUAAUGUUUAGUAACUAUGACAUACAUAUACUGUAAAUAUAAUUUCAACAUAACAUUUUACAACUUUUUCCCUAAUUUUCUAAAAAUUACAAUUUUCUCAUAAUGACUUCUAAAAAUACAUUUUUUAAAUUUGUGCUAACCAAAUCAUUUUCCCCAGUGAUAUUGCACCGUUAAUCUGGUAAAAUGACUUUUUGUCGUUAGUUGGGAACUUUUUUCUAUCAAUAUUCUUUACCUUAUUCUUGUAAAAUUUAAAAAAAUUAAAUUCUAAAAAUUAAAAAUAAAGAAUUUACAAGAAUAAAGUCAAAAUAUUAAAACAAAAAAAGUCACAAUUUUCUGAAACAAACCCAACACCAAGAAAGUUGACAUUUUUAGAAAGUGAUGAGGAUAAAGUUAUUUUUUCCUCCAAUUUAUUCAUGAUAUAUUUUUGAAACAGUGUGAUGGAGUGAAGCUGUGAAAUUGGAAGCGCAAACAAUGCACGAUUUGGGGCGGAAAUAUUUUAUUAAGCAUGAAAUUGUCCAAGAUGAGCAAAAAGAGUUUAACAGGAUAGAAAAAAAAGUGGGCUUGCGUGUGUUUUCCUCAGAAGGGCCUCAUCCGUGCACCGAGCGGUGGGGCUCUGUUGGGGGGUGUGAUGGCGAUGUCCAGGUAGUCUCCAAUGUGGAAGCGCUGAGACUGCAGCGUCAUGGAGUCAUCAGCACCCUUCCUGCCCGACACCGUGUUGCCGAUGUCUUUGAGGCUGAAGGACGAGGGAAAAAGGAAAAAGGUUAACUCGCCGCCGAGAGUCGUGCGAAUGCGCCCGGUGCCACCGCACUGACCGAUACACUUUCCCUCGAAGGUCGGGGUAGACGAUGGAGAAACUGAAAUGGGUUCCCUUUUUCCUGGCGUCUGGAUACACCUCCUUCACCAGGCUCGUCAGCUCCCGCAGGGUGGCGUCCAUCCUGGGGAAACACACCUUUUUUUAAUUUUCCUCUCCUAAUUCUGAAUUAUUUCCAAAAAUUACUAUUUUGUUUUGUUUGUUUCUCGUAACAUCAAGACUUAAAAAAAAACAACACAUUUUUUCUUUUAUAUAUUUCAACUUUAUGCAAAAUAAAACAUUUUUCCUCAUAAU